AUGGACGACACAAGCUUUCUCCUGGAUUGGCCGCGCGGGAAUGUCACCUUCGCGUUCGAGGAUUUUGGCGGCGAACAGACGAGCGUCCAAGGCCUCGAUCGAGAUGUCCUAAGCAUGCGCUCCGCUCUCCUCGGCAUGGCACCUGAGGACGACGCUGCGGGAAAGGCCUCGCUCACCCUGAGCGUUGCGUCUCACGCGGCUGGUGUUGCGCUCGUCCGCUUCCUCUACCUUGGCAACUACACCAUUGAUGGCCCAGACGAGUUUCACGACCCUCAAUUCCUCAUCCACGCUCAGGUCCUCCACCUUGCUGAUGCCAUCAGCUGCCCGGAACUAGCCAAGCUCGCCAUGGGCCAGCUAAACUACAAUGCUGAACUGGCUGUGAGCUUCCCCGCCUCGCCUGCGGAUCUGGUACAGACUCUCAUCUUCGUCUACACCCACCUCCCCCACCUGCCGGAGGCUCUCAGCACGAUGCUCAACUACUGCGUCGCUUCUUUCACGACCCACAAGCUGAGCGAGGACGCCGACUUCAAGCGCCUUGCUGGGACCCACGAAUCCCUUCUCUCAGACCUGUCCAAAGUCAACGCCGAGCGCGGCUUUGAGAAUCUCGACAUCCCAAAGAUGGUUGGUCCAACGCGCCCUGGUGUUGUAGACGUCGACAUCGCGAACCUAUUCGCCGGUCAUGCUGUUGACCAGGAGCCGGCUCGCUCGCGCCAGAAUUCGUCGUCUUCGAUCGACCACGCUCUGGAGUGUGGAAUGGAGAUCCGCAAUCUGCCCAUCCGUGUCAGGGAAGAGCACGACGGAGCCGAGCCGGGCAGCCCGGCUACCGAGGAUGGGUUUGUUCUCGUCGACAACCCUGCGGUUGAGAAGCCUGCGAUUGACGAGUCCGACUCGGAAUGGUCUGUUAUCUAG